AUGUCUAAAAAACCAGUUACAAAACCAGUUAAUGAUUUAAUAAGUUUUUGGUCGACCCAACAAAAAGAAAAAAUUACAGAACAUUCAAAGUCAUCGAUCAAUAAUAAUCAUCAUUCUAGUUCGAGUUUAACAAAUAUUCCACCCUCUGUACCUGCCGUGAUCGUAGAAGACUCAAAUUCUGUGAACAAUGAAAAUGGAAAUACUGAUAAUAAUUCCAAUAAUAGUCUAUCAAAUAUAGACUUUGUGAAAGAUAGCAGUCUUUCGAUAGUUGGCAUAAAAACUAUUCAAAACCAAAAUGAUCGAGGGAGAAUGAAUUGGGAUUCUUUGCCACAAAACGCAACCACAACAAUAAUUUCUCGAAAAAAUUCUGUUCCACCAAAAGAUAUUUCUUUUCUCAAUAAACCAUUUAGUCCAAAGCAAAUUCAACGUGGAUCAAUGCCACGAGAGAAAAAAGUAUCAAAUUUGGUGUCUAGAUUUGAAAAUGUUACUUCUCCUUCUUCGUCACCAACGAGACGAUCAGAUAUAACUCCGGAACAAAUAAAUUUACCACCAACUAUACGAUCAGAUAUAACUCCGGAACAAAUAAAUUUACCACCAACUAUACCUCUGACAGCUUUGUCUCCCAUAACUUCCAUUACCGAUAAUAAUGAUACUACAUCUAUGUCGCAAGACAGUCUGGAAUCACAUAAUGUAUCAACUUCAAGUGUAGUAAUUCCAACUAUUCUAACGGAUCCACUUCAUAUAUCAUCAUCAUCUCCGAUAAAAGCUGUUGAUAAAAGUCUUUCUAUCCAAAGUCCUCUACAAACAUCUCCGAUACAACAAACAAUUCCUGAGUCAACACAUACGUCAUCCGCGAAGGAAAUCCCCGUUAAAUUAGCUAUUAAUGAUGCUCCAACCAAUUCCCCCUUUAUUAAGGAUUUACCAACAACACAAGCAACUCAGUCAACUUCUUUACAUAUCCCGAUUCCUGAUCCAUCGCUUGAGAAAAAGUUACCUGAUUUGCCAAAAGAUGCUACUGAAUCUUCUAUAGUUUCUCCAACUCCUGUAAUUUCACAUAGGAGAAGAACAAUCCCUAUUCAAUCCAAAAGAGAUUCAAUGAUACCUUCUCCAUUUCGAAAACAGGUUCCUGUAUAUACCACGAACAAUAAUAGCAAAGGUUCUGAAAACAUUCCAGAUUUAUUACCGCAAACGCCUCAAUUAUCUUCUUUAAAGUUUGAUGUACCAGAACUUGAUCCAUUAUCAAAAGUUGGCCAUUCGUCAAAUUUUAAUGAAUUUACAUUAGUAUCUUCAUUAAAGCGUGGAUUAUCCGAUCCAACAUCAAAUAUCUAUGCAUUACCAACUUUGAGUACUUCUUUGUCUAAUGAUAUAGAUUCUUGGAAACUUCAAGACGAAUCCCCAUCUACGUCGUCUAAUCCUAAUUCGUUAAAAUUGUCAGAAAAUGGAUUUAAUGAACCAUCUGGUGGGAAAGUUGGUGUGAAAAAAUCUAAUAAUCCGUUAUUGUAUAAAGUAGUUGGUCAAAAAUCUGGAAAUAAAAAGAAAUCGCUGCCAUCAGUCCAAGACAGUUCGACUUAUAUAAUGGAAAUGCAAGAAACACAUAUGACAAAUGAUAAUACAAGUUUCGAAAAGAGUAAUCAACGGGGAUUACCUGCGAAAUCAAAUAGCACAACUCGAAAACCUGUACCAACUUCUUAUUCAUCAAGUUCCAAGAAACUAAAAUUAUCAAACAAACUACCAAAUACAUUGACUGUCACUCUACGAAAUUCUGGAAAGUUUUACACUUAUACUUCAUCCGAUGAUUUAAAAUCGAUAUCAUCUGAACGUUCAAAACGAAAAUCUUUAAAACCUGUACAAGUCCCAAAAUCACCUUAUAAUUCUGUACGACCACAACGAAGCAUUUUAUCUCCAACUAGCACAUUAAAAAAAAAUCCUUUCCUUAAACACAUUAAAACGAAAGAUCCCGGUGAUCAUAAUUUACCAGAAUAUAUUUCAUCCAAAAGUAAAAUGUCAUUCAUGGUACCACAUAAUCUUGCAUCUGUAGAAUACAGAAAAAAUAAUCGUUCUAUGCCUGAUCUUACAGCACGUGCGAGACAUAACAAUUUCAACAGAGCUUUCCGAAGAAAUAAUGUGACCGUACCAGAUUUCACUCGAGUUAUUUCUGCUAUGAAAGAUUCGGUUGGAAAAAAAAAGGAUGCUAAUGUGUUAUUUCAGCAUGAUGCUGAUUUAAAUCCGUCAAAAAUAACAAAAUUUAGUAUUAAUAUAUUUGACGAAUCAGAAUCCAGUGAAUUAUUCAAAGCUGGUUCUCCAUGGAUACAUUUAUCUCAUUUGGAUGAAUAUAUUAAAAGUUUACCACCCACUGAAUUUUCUGAUCCCAAAGAUUUAAUGACUCAAGAAGAAUACGAAAAGUUUGUAAAAGAUUGUAAAUCUAAUAAACUCUCUGAAUUGAUAUUUCUGCCAAUGAAUCAAAUUCCAGAUGGUGCUUCUCUAGAAGAUCUUGAAAAUAAUAUGCUUAAAAAACCAUCAACAUUUCUCGGAAUUCCAUUAAAUCAAGGAAGGCGAAAUGAUUGGUUAGAUGCUGCUAUUGAUGGUGUUCUUGCUAUAGAAGGAGUCCUUGGAACUCAGACUUCACCAGAUAAAAUGACUAAAUUGGAAAUUAUUAGAGAUUUUUUUCAAUUUUUAACAAUUGUAUUGUCAUUUGGAAAUCCUGGAAUAUUUCAAAGUUGGGUAAAAAUAUUGUUGGAUACAAUUCCUAACUUGUUUAGUUUUAAUUUGGAUCGUGUAUUUGGAAAUGGAAUAGCUUUCUUUUUGGUAUAUUGUGUUAUUGCGCUUGGAGCUUUAUAUUGGUUUAGAUUGAUGACUAAAUGGGACCCUAAUGCUGAUACUGAG